GAUCAAUGACCAAAGCGAGCAGCCAAUGGCAGGCCGGCCCAUGCUAAUGAGGAGGCUUUAAGCCCUCUGGACCUUCCUUAUGAAUCGGAGCUUUGCAGACUGACCGGAUUCUAGCGGCUCACUCGGGAGGAAACGGCUGUUCCCAAUCAAACCUCCUCACUUAAAGCAGAGCAGAACUUUUUUUUUCCCGUCUCUCUCUCUCACCCCCUCAUCACAUCUCAACCCUGACUGGACUCGUUCCAGCCGCUGACACUCGGAGGAAUAUCUGUUUUGUGCUGAAAGCAAGAGGACGGCCGUGCUGAGGGAAAGAGCCGCUCCAGCUUCUGCUCUUUUUAGCGUCUUCUUUUUGGGAGGAAGGUUAAGUUCGCCAUGUCCGCUGCUCCGGAUCAGAGUCGGCGGUUCUGCGUGUUGUCUUGGGAUCAGGUGCAGCGCUUGGACUCGAUCCUGGGAGAAGCGGUUCCGAUCCACGGCCGUGGAAACUUCCCCACUUUGUCCGUGCAACCGCGUCAGAUUGUCCAGGUGGUGCGAGCGAGGCUGGAGGAGAGAGGUGUGUGUGUCAAGGAUGUGAGGCUGAACGGCUCGGCGGCCAGUCACGUGCUCCUGGAGGAGAAUGGACUGGGCUAUAAGGACCUCGACCUGAUUUUUGGCGUGUCGCUGAAGGAUGACCAGGCCUUUCGCCUGGUGAAAGACGUCGUCCUGGACUGCCUGUUGGACUUCUUGCCGGUCGGGGUCUCGAAGGAGCGCAUCACCGCACUAACUCUAAAAGAGGCCUAUGUACAGAAACUGGUGAAGGUCUGUAACGACACGGACCGCUGGAGUCUCAUCUCCCUGUCCAACAACAUGGGCAAGAAUGUGGAGCUUAAGUUUGUGGACUCUUUAAGACGGCAGUUUGAAUUCAGUGUGGACUCCUUCCAGAUUUGUCUCGACUCUCUGCUUUUAUUUGACCGUUGCUCGGAGACCCCCAUGUCCGAGAGCUUUCAUCCCACAGUGAUUGGUGAGAGUGUGUACGGGGACUUCAAGGAGGCGAUGGACCACCUGUGCCAGAGGACCAUAGCGACCAGAAGCCCCGAGGAAAUCCGGGGGGGCGGCCUGUUGAAGUACUGCCACCUGCUGGUGCGGGGGUUCACCGCCUCCUCGGAGGCGGACAUGAAGCAGAUGCAGCGCUACAUGUGCUCCCGCUUCUUCAUUGACUUCUCCGACAUAGGCGAGCAGCAGAGGAAGCUGGAGGCCUACCUGCAGAACCACUUUGCGGGGAUGGAGCACAAACGCUACGAGUGCCUGAUGACGCUGCACCAGGUGGUGAACGAGAGCACGGUGUGUCUGAUGGGCCACGAGCGGCGCCAGACGCUCAGCCUCAUCUCCAUGCUGGCCCUGAAGGUGCUGGCCGAGCAGAACGCCAUCCCCACCGUGACAAACGUCACGUGCUACUACCAGCCCGCCCCCUACGUGCAGGACAUCAACUUCAGUAACUAUUACAUCGCGCACGUGCAGCCGCCCCAGAUCACGCAGUGCAGCCAUUCCUAUCAGACGUGGCUGCCGUGUAGCUGAGAGAGAGAGGCCAGCUCCAGGUGGACUGAAAAACCCAGAAGAAACUCAUGUUUGCCAAAUGUGACUUAAUUAAAAACAAUCCUGUACUGCUGUACAUCUGAUUGAGCCGACACAUUCAUUCUUCUCACUUUUUGUGUCUUGCAAGACAUCUGUAAGAUUGCUGGUCAUUUCUGAGAUGUAGCUAUGAUAUCUUAUUUAUGUACCACAAAAAUGAAGUCUUUAUAUAUUUCAGAAAAAAAAGUUUUUUGAAGAAAAAAACAUUUAAGGUGUUGUUAUUUUCAUACUUUUUUUUUUCUAAUUACAUACUGGACCAAAGAAAUAUUUGCUGUUCAGAAAGGGAAUGUUGUUAUGAAUCUUGGUGCCUACAUGAUGUUCUAAAAGUAUCUGUCAAGUCAGAACUGUUUUCUAGAUGACUCUGUCUCUUUUCAGGAACAGAAAUAUUCAAUUUUGUGAGAUUAUAUGGGGAAAUCCCCAAGUUUUUUGCAUCGUUGUUAUUUCAUGCUGACUUUGAUAAUUAUUGUGGACAUUUGAGGUUCUAAGGGCUGCAGUUUGUUUAAGUGCUCAUUAUCUGAGCUGCUUCAACUUUUGCUCAGUCGAGUUGUAAACUGUCACAUGGCUUUCAUUAAAUGUGAGAAAUCUGGUCUGAAAACUGACUCCUCUUUUAUUUCU